AUGCGAAUAAAACCCAAGACUCAUUUAAGUCGUCAGGAGUUUGUUACUGAUUUGGACAAUUUGUUCGACAUUGCACAUGCCGAUGCUCUUAAAUUAAUAAAAAUAGAUGAAGAUAGGAUCUUCUUACAGCGACAGAGAGAGCCAGGCAGGCCUGGUCACUUAGCUGGAGUGGACAAAAAGUUGGCCGAUAAAGAGGAAAAGUCGCGCCUUAGAAAUAUCGAAGAACAAAACCAUAAAGAACAACUCAUCGCGGUGCCAAAGUUGGACAAUUCUACUGGAAGUGAACAGGCAGAAGCUAUUAGGAACGCUGUUACAGACUGGAAUCUAGAAGACAAGGUACAAAUUCUUUGUUGUGACACCACUGCUUCAAAUACUGGUCGCAUUAAUGGUGCUUGUGUUCUCUUGGAACAAAAAUUUAAUAGAGAAAUGCUUAUUUUUGGGUGCCGCCAUCACAUUUACGAAUUGGUAUUAAAGGGGGUAUUUGAAGACAAAAUAAGCCAAGUAACUAACAACCCUGAUAUUCCAUUAUUUAAGAAAUUUAGAGAUAACUGGAAAAAUAUUGAUCCCGAAAAAAUACAGAACCCCACAGAAAUUAUAUCAUGCCUUAAUGUUUCAGAAGUUAAGAGUUUGUUAGAGUUUUACCGGACUGAAUUGACUAAAAAUAUUGUCAGGGAUGACUAUCGAUAUAGGGAUGAGUUAAUAGAACUUUCAAUCAUAUUUCUCGGUGGUGAUACAGAGAAAAAGUUUAAAAUUCGGCCUCCCGGUGCUAUGCACCAGGCACGAUGGAUGGCAAGAGCACUUUAUUCUUUAAAAAUUUGUUUACUUAGCUCCCAAUUUAAAAUUAGUAACAAAGAUAAAGUGGCUUUGCUGGAUGUCUGCAUGUUUAUUGUAACAUGUUAUGUCAAGCCUUGGCUACAAUGUAUUUUAGCGGUGAAAACACCUAACCAGGAUUUAUGCUUUUUGAAAACCAUGAAAGAAUAUGAAAAAGUUGAUAAAACAAUUUCAAAAGCAGCCUUACAGAAGUUUUCGCAACAUUUAUGGUACCUGACAUAUGAAGUAGCUGUGUUAUCUUUAUUCGACGAUGAUGUAGACCAUGAAACUAAAAUAAAAAUAGUUCAAAGCUUAUCCAACGAAAAUCACUCGCCUCACAAUAAACGCUACGUCCCCUCGAAAGAAGACCUUUGUGGUUCUCUUUACGAAAAAGACAUCGAUAACUUCACUUCCGUCAAAAGCAAGGCCUUGUUUGAUCGUUUUAAAAUUGAUGACAGUUUUCUACCCGAAUGUCCUACUUCAUGGUCAAAUAAUGCUAUUUUUUUACAAGUGAAGGCACAAAUGUUGAAAUUAAGAGCCGUCAAUGAUACAGCCGAGAGAGCAGUAAAAUUGAUGCAAGAUUUUCACGGAAAAAUCACCGUCGAUGAGGAACAAAAACAGUUUUUACUACGUUGCAUACAGGAACACCGAGUGAAAUAUCCUGACUGUAGAAGAAUGACAUUAAAGAGGAAAUUUUAA